ACUGACCAUAUGCUUAUGGUCAUUGGAACAAUUACUGCUAUUGGAAGUGGAAUCGCCAUGCCUCUUCAGACAUUGAUCUUUGGAGAGCUAAUAGACGUAUUUGGAGGGACUCCUGAUAACAAGGCCAUUGUUCAUCAAGUUUCCAAGGUAUCUCUAAAAUACGUCUACUUGGCUCUGGGGGCUGGUGCUGCAGCAUUUCUUCAGGUAGGUUGCUGGAUGGUGAAUGGAGAGAGGCAGUCUGCACGAAUCAGAAGAUUAUACUUGAAAACAAUAUUGAGGCAAGACGUGGGGUAUUUUGAUCAAGAAACCAAGACUGGAGAAAUCGUGGAACGUACGUCUGGUGAUACUACAAUUAUUCAUAACGCUAUGGGAGAAAAGGUUGGAAAAUUUAUACAGUUGACUUCAACAUUCUUUGGAGGGUUUGUGAUUGCUUUUUCACAGGGGUGGCUUCUAUCCCUUGUGUUAUUAUCUUCAAUUCCUCUUGUCGUGAUUUCAUCUGCAUUUGUUACGGUUAUCAUGGCAAAGUUAAUGUCCAGGGGACAAGCUGCUUAUUCUGAUGGAGCCACCGUAGUUGAACAGACAAUUAGCACUAUCCAAACUGUUGUUUCAUUCACUGGGGAGAAACAAGCUAUUGCCAAGUAUAGAAAAUCUCUUACAAAAGCUUACAGGGCUGGGGUGCAAGAAGGGUUGGUUGCUGGAUUUGGUUCGGGUAUAUUGAUGUUCAGUGUAUUCUGUUGCUACUCGUUAGCAAUAUGGUUUGGUGGCAGAAUGAUUAUAGAAAAAGGAUAUACUGGCGGACAGGUCAUAAAUAUAAUGCUCGCCGUCUUAUAUAGUUCCUUUUCGUUAGGGCAGGCUUCACCGUGCUUGAGUGCAUUUACCGCUGGAAGAGUUGCAGCCUUUAAACUAUUCCAGGUAAUACAUAGAAAGUCAAAGAUAGAUCCUUUUGCCACAACUGGUCAGAAACUGGACGACAUUCGUGGUGAUAUUGAACUAAGGGAUGUUACUUUUAGCUAUCCAUCUAGACCGAAUGAGAUGAUAUUUGAAGGGUUUUCUCUUGUGGUACCAAGUGGCACAACCACAGCUUUAGUUGGAGAAAGUGGAAGUGGGAAGUCAACCGUAAUUAGCCUCAUAGAAAGGUUCUAUGACCCUCAAGGAGGUGAAGUUCUUAUCGAUGCCAUAAAUAUCAAAGACUACCAACUGAGAUGGCUUAGAGGAAAGAUUGCUCUUGUCAGCCAGGAACCCGUUUUGUUCAGUUCCACUAUUAAAGAUAAUAUUGCUUACGGAAAAGAUGGUGCAACACUUGAAGAAAUCGAAGCGGCAGCUAAGAUUGCUAAUGCUACAAAUUUUAUAAAGAAAUUCCCCCAGGGACUAGACACUAUGGUUGGUUCGCAUGGAAGUCAUAUGUCGGGAGGACAAAAGCAGAGGAUCGCAAUAGCCAGGGCAAUCUUAAAAGACCCAAAGAUUUUACUAUUGGAUGAAGCUACAAGUGCUCUUGAUGCAGAGUCAGAGAGGAUUGUUCAGGAGGCACUUGAUAGAAUCAUGAUUAACCGUACGACCAUUAUUGUUGCCCACCGAUUGAGCACAAUAAAAAAUUCUGAUGUAAUCGCCGUUAUUCACCAUGGCAAGAUUGUAGAGAAAGGUUCACAUUUUGAGCUAUUAGAAGGCGCAUACAGCCAGCUUUUACAAUUACAAGAGCUCAACAAUUACUCGGAAAGGAAAGGAGGUGAUCAGGACAGCCCAGAGAUUAUUGUGACUUCUGGAAGAUAUACAAGUGAUCACUCCAACUCUAUUUUAAGACAAGAAUCAUCUAAUAUUAGUAAAAGUACUCGCCUUUCAUUUUCCAUCAAUGGUAUUGAGGUACCGAGACAUGAUAAACAAACAGUAACUUACACGGCUCCAAAUGUCUCACUUCUUCGCCUGGUCUAUAUGAACAAGCCAGAAAUCUUAGUAUUACUAUUAGGUUCUGUAGCAGCUGUAAUUAGCGGUAUCAUCUUACCUAUAUACGGGUAUCUUAUUUCAGUUAUUGUAAAGACUUUUUUUAAACCAGCUCAUGUGCUUCGGAAGGAUUCAGAAUUUUGGGCCUUGAUGCUUUUUAUACUUGGUUUGGCAUAUUUCAUUGCAACACCAGUAAGAACGUAUUGUUUUGGUGUAGCCGGUUGUAAGCUGAUAAGAAGAAUUCGACUACAAUGCUUUGAAAAAGUGCUUCAGAUGGAGAUAAGUUGGUUUGACAAAACAGAGAAUUCUAGUGGUAUGAUUGGUGCAAAGCUGUCUGCAGAUGCAGCUUCCGUGAGAAGUUUGGUAGGAGAUAGUCUUUCGUUACUUGUUCAGAGCACAGCUACCGCGCUGGCAGGUUUAAUAAUAGCUUUUUUGGGGAACUGGCAGUUGGCUUUUAUAGUUUUAGCAAUGUUACCACUAAUAGGACUUCAUGGAUAUCUUCAAGUGAAAUUUGUUAAUGGCUUUAGUGGGGAUACAAAGGAGGCAAGUCAAAUUGCAAGUGAUGCCAUAGGAAGCUUUAGAACAGUUGCUUCAUUUUGUGCCGAAGAUAAGGUGAUGGAGUUAUACGAAAAGAAAUGUGAAGGGCCUCAAAAAGAAGGAAUUAAACAAGGGGUAGUAAGCGCUGCAGGAUUUGGGCUGUCGUCGUUUUUGUUAUUUGUAGUAUAUGCAACCAGCUUUUAUAUUGGAGCACGGUUCGUUGCUGCAGGGAAAACUACAUUCCCUAAAGUUUUUCAGGUAUUUUUGGGCUUGAGUUUGGCGGCCAUAAGUGUUUCUCAAUCAGGUUCCAUUUAUCCAGACACUGGAAAAGCCAAAACUGCUGUUGCUUCAAUUUUUGCUCUUCUUGACCAGAAAUCAAAAAUAGACCAUUCAGACAAGACUGGGACUACUUUAGAAAAUGUAAAAGGCGAUAUCAUGUUUAGUCAUGUUAGCUUUAGGUAUCCAUCUAGACCCGAAAAUCAAAUCUUCAGGGACUUGUGUUUGGACAUUGGUUCUGGCCAGACUGUAGCACUUGUUGGUGAAAGUGGAAGUGGGAAAUCAACUGUGGUAUCUCUCCUGCAAAGGUUCUAUGAUACCGAUUCAGGUGAGAUAUUGAUUGAUGGAGUUGAGAUCAAAAAGCUAAACGUAAAAUGGUUAAGGCAGCAGAUGGGUUUAGUGAGCCAAGAGCCUGUCUUGUUUAAUGAAACCAUCCGUGUUAACAUUGCAUAUGGAAAGGAAGGCAAAGCCACGGAAACAGAAGUCUUAGCUGCUGCAGAAUUGGCUAAUGCCCACAAGUUCAUCAGUGGACUACAAAAUGGGUAUGAUACAAGUGUAGGAGAAAAAGGAAUCCAACUAUCUGGAGGGCAAAAACAAAGAGUGGCAAUAGCAAGGGCGAUCGUAAAGGCUCCAAAGAUUUUGCUACUAGACGAAGCAACUAGCGCGCUAGAUGCUGAAUCUGAGAAAGUCGUACAAGAUGCACUUGACCGAGUUAUAGUACAAAGAACCACUGUGGUGGUGGCUCACAGGCUAUCCACAAUCCAGGGAGCAGAUGUUAUAGCUGUCGUAAAAGACGGUGUCAUUGCAGAGAAAGGGAAACACGAGACGCUUGUUACUAUCAAAGAUGGCAUCUAUGCUUCUUUAGUUGCAUUACAUACUAGUGCUUCUGCUUCUUAACAUAUGAUCAACUGUUACCCCAGUUGUCAUCCAAACAGCUUUUUUUUUCACUAUAUCUUUACUACAUUACGAGGGCUUAAUGGCCCGUGCUACGCACGUUGUAUUUUUUAUAUAUUGUUUACAUGUAU